AUGCCCAACACUGGACGGCCUAGCCAGGACUGUCACCUGUGUCGUCAAAGACGUGUCAAGUGCGAUCUCGGACGACCCGGCUGCCAGCGGUGCGUCAAAUACGGCGUGGAAUGCCCAGGAUACAGAGAUCAGCACGACCUGGUCUUUCGCAAUGCCAACCCAUCGACUGUCAAGAAGCGCAGGAAACGAGCGGCGGCCAAGGAAGGAGGUCAAGAUGAUUCUAAAAGCUCCUCACCGGCCGGCACCAGAUCGAGCACGCCGGCUUCCCUUGUUAGCAACGGGGAAGCUACCUUCACCUUCGAUUCAAAAACAGAACUGCUUCCAUUGCCGGGCGAUACCGUCUCGACAGCACUGACGACAAUUUCGCGGCCCUUGACAGAGCACUGGACAAAUCAUUCCGUCCCAAUCAUUCUCAACGUAUAUUCGACGCUCGACUUCCUCCACAACAUUUACCGAAUCAAUCCUCGGAACGGGCCGUUGGUCUGGGCUGCCCAUCUCUUCACCCGAACCUACGUGACAAACAUUCGGUACCCGGUUUCGGUAUACAAGGAGUCAGAAGUGGAAAACCAACGCGAGCUGGGCACGUACUUGGGAAAGACUCUGAGCGCCGUCAACACAGCACUCAAGGAACCUGAUGGCGCGUUUCGAGACGACGUGCUUGCCACAGUUUGGAUCCUGGCAAAUUAUGAGGUUGGUGGGCAAAGACUAUUGACAAUGGACGAGGACAUUGUGCUGACUACAGAUGCAGCUGCUGGUUGGCUCACUAGGUCGUAUGGAGCUACUGAGCCCCUGGCAUCUACAUACAAGAGGGCUUUACAGUAUACUCAAGACGAGAGGUACCGAACAACUUUUGACGGCGGAGGGGAGGACUGCCAAAUCCAAGCCCUGGUCAGCAACAUGGAAUGCCCGCCAGAGUCAGGCGAAUGGCUGGGCAUCAUACGAAACAACCUUUACGACGGCGAAGGUUUUACAUUACACGUAUCAGUCUUCAUCACGAAAUGCACACGCGUCCAAGCUACCAUCCUCGAUUUGCUUCUUCGUCGCGAUUUCGCAGCCGCAGAAGAGCAGUACGAGUCACUUGUAGCACAGUUGGCCGAGGCCGAAAAGCACGUCAACAAUUACGUCAGGACGGCGACCGACAGUACCCACGACAUGGACGUCUAUAUGCGCAAUCUUUACUACUCGGCUAUCAUCAAGGGCUACAGCUAUCUCCUGAUGUUGGCCAACUUCCUGACGCACUACGCACCUUGCAGGAUAACACUGCAUCAGCUUCGAGCACAGCGCACUUACUGCCUUCAAAUGGUUCGAGCGGCCGGGCAAUUUAUAGUCGAUAGUGUUCCAUAUUCACUAGGCCCUCUGGCGGCCGGCAAGGACAAGUCGCCAAAGGUGUUAUUUGACGCCCUGAAGAUGGUUUGGCCACUCACAGCUGUUUAUAUUGUCGGGGCUACCCUUGCAGAACAAAAGAGCGAGGCUGAAGCUGCGCUACUUUUCAUUGGAAGAGAAGUUGGAGUCAGACAAGCGCUCAAUACGUACCCGGGGAAGCUACUGCUUCCGCUUGAGGCCCGCCAUCCGCUUGGAUUGGCUCCCGAGGACGAUCCUACACCGCCCUUUACAGACAGAUAG